AUGGCAGUGCCAUAUGACGCGCUGCAGGUGAUCGCGGUGUCGCUGCUCAGCGCGGCGCUGUUUGAGGCGGUGACGUGGCUACUGUUCUACCGCACCGGCAGCUACGGCCGCCAGAUAGAGCAGCUGGAGCGGAUGGGCAAGAAGCUGGAGGAGGCGCAAGACCAGCUGGCCGCAGAUCCGAACAACAACGCCAAGAAGAAGGCGCAGCAGCGGCAGGAGAGGGAGCUGCGCAACUUCUCGAUCACCAUGCAGGGCACCAAGUUCAAGAUCGGCCUGCUGACCGCCGCCAGCAUGAUCGGGGGCAUGUGGCUCGUGAACAAGCGCUUCAAGGGCGUCGUGGUCGCCAAGAUGCCGUUCGUGCCCCCUGGCUUCAUCACGGGCCUGACCCACAUGGGCCUCCCCGGGGACGACAUGACCGAUGUGAGCGCGUCCUUCUUCUUCGCGACCACGGGGCCCCUGUUCCGCUCCAACCUGCAGAAGCUCACGGGCUCGGGCCCGACGCGCACCGCCGCCAAGUUCCUCAACGUGCAGGGGCUGAGCUUUGAUAAAAAGGCGCAGUGA